AUGGCUAGAUGCAAAAAAACAGAACUAAAUCAACUCCAAAUUGAUGAGCACUACGAUAUCAUGCUAAAGUAUAACCUGAAAGCGACUCCGUCAUCAAUGCUUCCAAUGUUUUCCGACAUCAGCCAUGUAUCCAGUGCUAAUUCACAGUAUCAGGAUGUCUGUAGAAGAGAAAAAGAAAGUCAAUUACGAAAUGAUAAAUUGCUUUAUGAUUUGGAAGUUGCUUGCAAGCAUUCCACGCUACUAGACUCCAAGCUAUUUGAUUUGCAGACUGCUAGGGAUCAAUACAAAGAAAUGGCAAUGAAAUAUAGUGCAAAAUUGAAGAUUGAAGCUACUGAAUCGUCUAUAGCACCAUCCAGUAACGUACUUCAUAUUCAUACUAAGUCAGAUAGUUACGAUCAGGAACGACCAGAUGAAGUAAAAUUGCCAUUACCAAAAUCAUCACUAAUAUUGAAGCCAGCUGACGAUAUUCCUAGCCUGAUCCAAGCAGCACAGCAGAUAAGCAAUCUCUCUGGUCACCACAAGCAGUAUCCAUUAAUAGAUGACAAGUUGAUGCAACCUUAUCAAGAUCAUCUGCAAGCUGAUGAUAUCAAUGCAUCCAAUGUUACAGAUUCGAUCAAUAGUAGUAAUCAAGAAGAAAUACCAAUAAUUAAGCCAUUGCCAACAAUCGAUGAUUUAUUGAUGACCGCUGGCCAAGGCAAUAAACAAAAUAAUAAUAAAAAUAAUAAUCCUUUAGAUUAUGAGCACAAGCUUACAGACGACAGUAUAUCUAUGAUACCACAUGAUGAGCAAGAUAAUUCAAGUAAAUCUGAAAAAAGAAAUGAGCCUUCGCUAAUGCCAAUAAUAUCAGGUAAACAGGUUGAAGAAAGUGCUGGUGAUAGCCCGAAGAAUAGUACGUUAAUAAAACACGAGGUAGAGAAUGAUCAUUUCAAUCCAAAAGCACUGAAAAAUGACGCAUCGACAGUGGUUAUGAUUGAGAGUAGUGUCUUACAACCGAAAAUUAAUGAGCAACAUGAUAUUCAUAUUUAUGCUACAGAUAGCAAUAGCGAUGAACAGUCCUCUGUUGGUAAUAUUAUUUCGCACAAAAGUGAUGAUGUCGAUGACCAAGAUAAGGAAAUGGUCUCACAAGAUAUUAACCGUGAAGUAGUUAUAGUUCAAGAUGUAGAUGAUAAUAAAAAUCGUUCUAGUGACGACAACAAUGAGAAAGAUCGCAUCACAUCAAAAUUAUCAUUCGAGUCCUCAACAUCUGAUGAUGAUAGCUCUUCUAUUGAGCAAUCUAUUAGCUCUAAGAAAUCGUUAUCUAAUAUAGAGGAAUCCAUUAAAUACGACCAAAGUGAGAACGAAAACCAACAACAAUUAUCUACGAACAAAGGUAAAAUAUUUAAUAAUUGUUAG